UGCUACAUAAGUAGUAUAACUAUAUAGAAAAGAAAAGUCAAAUAUGUAUUAUCUUGUGUUCCAUUUUUGUAGCCAACUGUGACGUCACUUGUAAACAAACACACGUGGCUGGCAGCAUCAAGGAUGGCAGCGGAUUGUUGAUUGAAGCUCAAAAUACGACUGAUAAUAAUCAUUUGUGAGUUCCAGAUAAACACAGCAGAUAUUCAAUAUGUCCACAUCAUCCUCAUCAUCGAAUGGUUACCUGUUUGGCAGUGCCAGCCCCAGCUACAGUUUCACAUCAGGUUACACCAGUAAUUCUGACACCGACUCAGAUUUAGAGGAAGUUCAAGUAAAGCAGUAUUUGUUUGGAGAUAUAAGGCUUGACCUGAUCCAGUACAUUGCCUUGAAGAAAUCUAAGAAGGGCAUCAAAAGACAUUAUGGACAUUAUCAGUUGGAUGAUCACUGCCAUGCCAAAAUUGAUGAUGUUCCUUCCCAUUACUACAAAGGAAAACAUUGGGAUGUUCCAAUAGGAAAUGACCUUAGCAAGACAAACAUUAAGGCAACUGCAAUGGCUAUCCAGAGGGAAAUAGAAAAGGAACAGCAGCGUAGAAUUUAUGAGGAAGAACAAACAUACAGAUUAUGUCAGAAUUCCUUCUUUUACAUUAACCAAGAAUUCUUUGAUGCCAUUGACUCAGCCAAGUCAAAUACCCUGAAGAGAAAAAGAACAACAUUUAAGAAUGCCCAGGUGGUGAAAGACCACAUGCAGGGUAUUCUCAUCCAAAAGAUCCACAAGAGAGAUUUAGAUCGUGAGAUGGAAGAGGAAAGACAGCGGCAAAUAAAAAUAAUGGAAAAUUUAAGCGGGGGUUAUGAUCUAGAGCAGUCCCCAAGCACAGAGAACCUACUGAAGUACAUAUCUGUCACCAACCAGAGGAAGCAUAUUAUGCAAGAAGACCUGUUAGAUGCCAUGGAAUUGAUGGAGGAGGAUGAGGAGGACCUGGAUGGAGAGUUGAUACACUAUGCUGAGGAGAUGAAGGACAGGGCUUUGCGAGAAAUGAAGAACGGGUUAUACAGGAUUCAGUUUGAUGUUCUGACAAGAGUAGAACAGUUUCGCCGGGCUAAUGAAUUUAAAGUUCUGGCCAAGGAAUCCCUUACACAGAAAUGCAUGAAGGCUUGGGAUGAACUGCAGUCAGAAAUGAACAGACAUUUUGCAUUGGUAUUGCAACAAGUCACAGAGGCUGAAUACAUUUCUGUGGAUUUAUCUGAGGUCAGAAAGAGACUGUUUCUGGAACAGCUUAGCAGAAGAGCUGCCAUCAAGUUUGUUGACAAAGAAUGUGCUGAGGAGCGUAAGCGAAGGAUUCAAGAACUUGAGGAGGAAGCAGAACAUCCAGACCCGGCCAAGGAAAUACUCAAAGAGACCAUGGCCAAUGUACAAAUACAGCUGGUUGUGGACAAAUUUCAUGGAUACAAGGUGACACCCAUAUACCAAGAAAUGGUGUUUGAAACUUCAAAUGAAGAUCGCAAGAAGAGAAAAUUGAGAUUAAGUGCACGGAGGAGGUCUAAUGUAACUUUGGGUGAAGGCUUCUGAAAAUAAUUUGCAGCAAAUGUAGAACCAGACUAUGGGAAUCAA